CUCCAAAAGAAAAUGACGUAUGAAGUUGCUUGGAAUGCUCUGAACGUCAUCUCUCCCUCUCUCUCUCUCUCUCUCUCUCUCUCUCGCCUUUGAAAGAGAGGAGCUUUGAAAGAUUAGAGUUUUAUACAGUGGGAAAAUUGUUUAGUACUGUAGCUUUUUAAAAUAAAGGGACUUGAUUAAUAUACGGCCCAAAGUCAAAUGGAGUCGGUUUUUAUCUUCAAAAGCUUCAAAGCUAGGGGUUUGUGUUUGUUUUAGCUUCUGUGUAUUGCUCAAUUGGUACUUGGAGCUGUGAUAAACUGAAUAUUUACCUAGUCUUGGAUGAGGUGGAGUUGGUGGCAGUGAUGAUGGUGAUUUAUCGGCAGCAGAACAUUGAAGGUCGGUACGAAAAAUGAUACAAGUGUCUCUGCCGUGAUGCCGAGCUUUGUUCCUCAGAUUACCAUUCCAGAGACUAUUGGCACAGAGGGAGGCACCAUCCAUUCUUCUCGAAUUUCUGACUUCAGGGCGCUUGAGCAAUCUCUCGGAUUUCGCAUAGCUGAAGCUGCUAACAUUGGUAGAAACACUUUAUCCCAACCAUCAAGUUCAAGUAGUCCUCUAGGAGGCUCUGAUUUCCAGUUUGGCUCAUUCAAUAAGUCACUUGCUUCCUUCAAUUCAAAUUUAUCUGCUGCUAUUGCGGGAUCUCAGACGCUACUGUUGCAAAAGGGACAGCAGCCAAACUUUGUUACUUCAUCUGGCAGUCAACGUGAGAACGAAGAGGAACUGAAUAUGGAAGACGCCAGUCCUCGAACAGAUACCUCAACAGAUGGAGAUGCAGAGGACAGAAAUCAGGGGUAUGAAAUGGGUAUAUCAAAUGCUAUUGCGGCCUCCGAUUCCAGUGACAGAUCAAAGGACAAAACAUUGGAUCAGAAGACAUUAAGGAGGCUUGCUCAGAAUCGUGAAGCUGCCAGAAAAAGCCGAUUGAGAAAAAAAGCCUAUGUACAACAGUUGGAGAGUAGUCGGCUGAAGCUGACCCAACUUGAACAGGAGCUGCAGCGAGCCCGUCAGCAGGGAAUAUUCAUUUCAAGCUCAGGAGAUCAACCUCAGACUACAGCUGGAAAUGGGGCCUUGGCAUUUGAUGUAGAAUAUGCAAGAUGGUUGGAAGAGCAAAAUCGGCAGAUAAACGAGCUUAGGACAGCCGUGAAUUCACAUGCAGGCGACACUGAGCUUCGCACUGUUGUGGACAGUGUCAUCACACAUUUUGAUGAUGUAUUCAGGCUGAAAGGCAAUGCAGCGAAGACUGAUGUCUUCCACAUCUUAUCAGGAAUGUGGAAAACGCCAUCAGAGCGGUGUUUUAUGUGGAUUGGUGGCUUCCGCUCAUCUGAACUUCUCAAACUCCUCGUGAAUCAACUGGAGCCUUUAACUGAACAACAGUUAGUGGGCAUCUUCAACCUACAGCAAUCAUCGCAGCAGGCGGAGGAUGCUCUCUCACAGGGUAUGGAAGCAUUACAGCAAUCUCUGGCUGAGACAUUAGCCAAUGGCUCUCCUAGUUCAUCAGGAUCUUCAGGAAACGUGGCAAAUUAUAUGGGUCAAAUGGCAAUGGCCAUGGGGAAGUUGGGAACUCUCGAAGGCUUUGUCCGCCAGGCUGAUAAUUUGCGACAACAAACACUACAACAGAUGCACCGCAUUUUGACAACCAGACAAUCAGCUCGUGCCCUCCUUGCAGUAAACGACUACUUCUCCCGUCUUCGAGCCCUUAGUUCUCUCUGGCUCGCUCGACCACGAGAGUGAUGGACAAUGGGUUCUCAAUUGAUCAUACGAUCUGGAAGUUGGGAUCUAAUUGGAGGACAAGUUUUGAAAUGGAUGAUGGAGCAAUACUAGGACAACACAUUUUACGGUGCAUGGGGCCGGGUUGAUUUAUUGUAUUCACAACCCAAUCUGCACAUGUAAAUUAAUCAUGUUGAGUCGGUGUUGUAUGCAUAUUUCUUACAUGUGGGUUAUGUUGUUGAUAUCUAAAAGAACUAGGAAGGAAUUGUAGCAGCAGUGGUUUUUCUUGUUUUGGAUUUUACCUUUAGUUUGUAUACCUAACCCGAAUAAGUUCCAGCUGAAAAGGGAUUUUAUUUAUGGUUUAUUGUUCAGACAUAUUGCUGUAAGAAAUGUUUCACCAUUGAUUCU